AUGAAGCUUUUGAGCUCGCUGCUUGCCAGCACGCUGGGUCACAAGUUUGACAUCACCAAGGAAACUGCGAAGGUCUUCGAAGCCGCCGGAGUUGAUACCUCUUCUUACCACAUCAUCAGCAGUGAUCAACAAGUUGAUCUCGAUGGCAAUCCCGUUGGAGAUUCUCUCUUGACCAGAGGCGUAGCAGCUUACGCCAGGCGAUGGACACCAGUUGCGCAAGGCGGCCCGAUCACUGUCCCAUUCGCUAUUCAUUCUUCCGUUUCCAGUUUCGAGGACAACAUCACUUCUUCCAUGGCUGCUCUUGCUGACGAUCUCGCUUGUUUCGACAUGCCAUACGUUUCGGAUCCAGCCAACACCGAAUAUGCCAACGGAAUCGUCUUCAUCACAAACCCAGGUUCCUGCUUUUCAGCGCUCGGCCAAACCUCUGGAUACUACAACAACGAUAUUGGCGCCACAAGUGUGACUGAGUUCGGAGUACCAGCUGGCUGGCAAGUUAUCAACUUGUCCGACGGCUGCGCUGGUUCGAUCGAGGUCGUUCAGCACGAAGUUCUCCACGCUCUCGGAUUCCUUCAUGAGCAGUCGAGGCCGGAUAGAGAUAACUACAUCACUGUCAACAUGGAUGCAACAACUGAGCCGAGUCAAUGGGAAGCUAUGGGAUCGAACGACUGGUAUGACAUGGGCAGCGUAUAUGAGCCUCGCUCAGUCAUGUCCUACCCCUCCUUUGGUUUUGCCAAAGAUGACACUAUCCCCGUCGCAACCCUCAAGAAUGGAGACUACAUUCAAGAUGGUCCGAGAAUUUCUACAACUGACGCGCUUCAAGCGCAGAGAUUCUACUGCCAAGACAUGGUCGAUGGCGGCAACAAUCCAUUGUUCCCGAAUUUUCAACCCAAAGAUGGAACAACAUGCUCGACUCCUGACGAAGUUGGAGCGAUACGAAACGUUUUCACUGAUCGACUUUGCGAUGGCUGGCAAGAUUGCCCGAACAACGAAGAUGAAGACGGAACACUUGUACCGUGUCAGCCAAAGUAUCCACCAACUCCCGACGGCUGCUGUGGCGGAAUAGCUCGUUUUAGCGCUGAAUGUGUCUACACAACAGACAAUCUUUUCUUCGGGAAAGGAACGUACGCCUGCACGGACGGGAGUGCCCUUGCGUGGACAUCGUACAACGGAGGUCAUUGGAUUGUGCUGCGACCAUCAAACUAUCCUUAUACAGGGAAGGUUAUUAGCGGUAGUUAUGGCUGGUGGGACCUCAUACAGUCGAAUGAUGUCUGCCCACCGAUGAACACUCAAUGGAACUAUAGCACCAACUUGAAAUGCAUAAACGACGGCCCUGCACUGACAGAUCAUUGUGCUGGCGAUCCAUGCGACCCAAAUGCUACGUGCACGAGCGGAUUCAGCAGUCACAUUUGUGAGUGCAACGAAGGAUACAAAGGCGACGGCGAGACUUGUGAAUUCAUCCCUGAAGUUGACGAGUGUAGCGAUGGAACUGAUCAAUGUGGUGCGAAUGCUGACUGUACCGAUACUCGUGAAGCGUACACCUGUGCUUGCAAAAGUGGAUACACAACCCUUGCUCAAGCAAUCAAUACUUACGAAGACGAUCCAAACGGCGAAAACUGUAUUUACAACUAUCCCUGUUGCCAGACAGUCAGAUAUGUUCACCCGUCAGGGAUCGAAUUUAUUUGUACUCGUGAUUCUGGUUCUGGAACCUACCCUUGCACUGGAUAUGAUGACCUAGCUGUUCUCAGAUAUCAGAAUGGCGGAUGGAAACUUUAUGUUUCAGCGACAUCAAAUUAUUACUAUAACCAAGUACUUGGCGACGCUCCUGAUUUCUGCUGGAAUGUUGAAGGCAACAUUAAUGGCAAGGCUCUGAAUCCUGCAAACGGUGAAUUUAAGUGGCAAUGCACCAAAAUCGUCAACAGCAAGCGAAAAUGCAAGGUCAGAUGCAAAAACCAGGCGGUCAACAAGAGCUACACCAUUGUGUGCGUGAACAAGAACAACCAAAACACCUGGAAAGUUUUCAGGGGCUCUGCUCCUUCUUGCUCCGGUUCUGGCUCAGGUUCAGGCUCAGGGGCUCAAAAAUGCUUAGCUGCGACAAUCCCUGCUUAUGCUCUUCCUGCUGGUGCUCACACAUGGAAAUGUAAGAGAAACAAGGUCGGUAACAACUGCAAAGUCAAGUGCGAUAAUGGAUCCAAUACUGGCAAUUACGGAGUCCGAUGUAAAAAUAGAAGAAAUACCUGGGCCAUAAUGAAGGGAACAACGAAACCAUCGUGUUAA